UUCCAACUAUAAAUAGGAUGGGAGAGUACAAGGCUCUUCUCACCUCAUUCCUAUCCAUCUUCAAGUCAAUAGUAAGGGAUGGCUUCUAAGGCUUUGCUUGUGUUUGGUGUUCUCUUGGUGGCAGUCCUCGUCUCCUCAGAGGUGGCAGCUCAGGAGCUGGCUGAGGAAACCCAUGAGAAGAAAACGGAUGAGGCCGGCGUUCAGGACUACCCCGGCGGCGGUUAUCGCCACGGCGGCGGCGGCGGCGGCUAUGGUUAUCCGGGGCGUGGAUACCCUGGGCAUGGAUAUCCGGGGCGCGGCUACCCCGGCCAUGGCGGAUACUGCCACUACGGAUGCUGCCGCCGCGGAUACUACGGCGGUUGCCGGUGCUGUUCUCGCCCUGAUGAGAUCCCCGACGCUGAAUACCUGCCUGAGGUGCAGAACUAGGAAGACUGCAUUCCAUGCUAAUAGACACUAAGUAUGGUGCUUUGUGUUUCGUAUGGUUUGUGAGUGCUGUCUUAUGGAGUGAAUAAACGGUUGUAUCUGUCCGAGGAGAGCUCUGCGCCCUUCUAAUCCCGAUGCUUCGCAACCUAUCUCUGUAGCGUUUGUCGUAAUGAUAAUGUCAUGGGUGUUGUCUGCUUCAA